AUGCUGGUACGUGGCAGUUAUGCGCAUCUAUUGUACAUGUGCACCCAAACGCGGAAAUGUGCCCUAUGUCGUGGAGAGCAGAGCGUGAAGAACGCUGCUGAAAUGACUGUUCAUUGGACGAAUAGGCACUUGGAUAUUUUGCGAAGGAUUCCAAUGUUCCGAUUGUGGCAUGACAUUCUGUCAUGUCGAGGAUUUCUGGGCGCAUCAGUGUCGUUCAUACUUUAUGCAGCAGAAAUGCAGUUGUGGCUUGAUACGGUGUUUUCGUCACGAACUGCUUUCCUCUUGCAUUUCGGAAUGCAUAUGGAUGAACCAAAUAUGACGUGUAAAUUAUGCAAAUUCAGGUUUGCAUCUCGGGUAGCUUUACAGAAUCAUCGGCUUUCCCAUGCGAUAUUGAUUAAUAGUUCCAAUGGCCGUCAGCUAGUUAUACUGGAUACAAAACUGGUGGUGCCGGAGCACCUUGAUGACAAGCGGGUGAAACGUGUCAAGGAGGUCGAGCCAUUGUCUGAAGAGAAACGAUCGUUUGUGAGCAACUCGGCGAAUCAUACGAUACUGCAAAAGAAUCUUCGGCCACAAUUGGAUGCUGCUGCGUUAGAUGUGCCAGAUGAUGACAUAAUUGAAAUAGAUAGCCCUAAAGUAGACGAUGAUCUUGUCGAGAGCGUCGACACAACGCAGGCUGCUCUUUCGGCUGAAGUACGAGUAGAGGCUGCUGAUGGUGUAGUUGAUGCCGGAUCGGGAAUGCCUGGUUACGUGGAGGAUGACGAGGAUGAUGCGAUUGAUGCAUCACUUCGCUGA